AUUUGUGUUAUGCGUUGUUUUUAAUGUAAUUUGUGCUUUAUUAGUUGACAGUUGAUAAGCGCCUAUAAUACCUAUGUGUAUGUAUGUAGAGCAGACGGUGAAUAUUUUCUCAUGAUUAGAUUUUCGGAGCGUGCCUCGAAGCGGUUAUAUAGCACGACACGUAGCGUGUGCUCGGAGCCCCAAGAACACCAAAUAAUUUGGUGCGAUGUGUGCUUUGGUUAUUGUUUGCGCGUUCAAUACGACAUACUAACGUCUCCGUCAUCGGAAACGUUGCGCGUUGUAUUAUGUAAAUUGGUCGUCUGCGACUGUUCAACAGAAGUUUUGGAAUCCUGCACCACAUAGAUUUCGCCUUAUUUACUCCAAAACGUUGACGUACUUUUCUGUUUGUUUGUGGCGUUGAGUUGCGAGAUCGAGCGCCCUUAUUUACGGGUUUCGUCGCGAAAAUCAGCAGUCAAAGCAACCAAAAUUGUUUAGCACUCGAACCUUAUUACUUAAGGUGAACUACAGACAUAGUGCUUGCGUAUAUGUGUGUAUUCAUGCUGCUAUGUGUAUAUUAACAUAAAUUGUAAAAUGCAAAAGCCUAAGACAGCCACUGCUGCAGCAGCCGCCGCCAUAACCUCAGCGACGACGACGGCCUCCUCCGAGCCUAGCAGCCCUUCAAAUGUCCCUUCCACUGUAGCAGCGACAUCUACCAGCAGCAGUGGCCGUCAUCAAUUACGUCCUGUUAAAUACGACUAUGCCGAUUCCUUUGCCUGCACCUACAUUGUUUCGGUUGUGGCUGCGUCCAUAGCCGAACUGACAACCUACCCGCUGGAUUUAACAAAAACGCGCCUGCAGAUACAAGGCGAGGCAACCACCACAGCCGCAGUUACCGCCACUUCUGCUGGCGAAAAUGCUGCUGUCACCAUGGGCAAGCCCAACAUGCAAUAUCGCGGCAUGAUGGCCACCGCCUUUGGCAUUGUACGCGAGGAGGGCGCCCUUAAAUUGUGGCAGGGCGUGACACCAGCGCUCUACAGACACGUCGUCUAUAGCGGCGUGCGCAUAUGUAGCUAUGAUUUGAUGCGCAAAGAGUUCACUCAGGGCGGAAAUAAGGCACUGCCUGUGUGGAAAUCGGCGCUCUGUGGCGUUACCGCCGGUGCCGUAGCUCAAUGGUUAGCGUCGCCUGCUGAUCUCGUCAAGGUCCAAAUACAGAUGGAAGGCAAACGGCGUCUGAUGGGCGAGGCGCCCCGAGUUCACGGCGCUGCCCACGCUUUCCGUAUGAUUGUGCAUCGCGGAGGCGUCAAAGGGUUAUGGAAGGGCAGCAUACCCAAUGUUCAGCGCGCAGCAUUAGUGAAUUUGGGUGACUUAACCACAUACGAUACGAUAAAGCACAUGAUUAUGCACCGUCUCAACAUGCCGGACUGUCACACGGUGCACGUGUUGGCAUCGGUCUGUGCUGGCUUCGUAGCGGCAGUAAUGGGCACACCAGCCGACGUUGUCAAAACCCGCAUCAUGAACCAACCCACCGACGAUAAUGGUCGUGGUCUGCUAUAUCGCGGCUCCUUAGAUUGUCUACGCCAAACCGUUGCCAAAGAGGGCUUUGGAGCCCUCUACAAGGGAUUUUUGCCAUGUUGGAUACGAAUGGCACCAUGGUCGCUGACGUUUUGGCUUUCUUUCGAGCAGAUACGUAAAAUGAUUGGCGCAUCCGGAUAUUGAACGUGAAUGUUUUGGAAAAUUAAGUGCUAUUAUACGAGAAGACUCUAAAUAGGCACACAACAUACAUACACACAAUGGCACACCUAACAUGCUCUACAGAAAGUAUGCAUGUACGGUUAAGUUUAUAUUUCUGCUGUUUAUUUUUAGUUUAUUUUUUAGAGAAGAAUAAAAGCUAGUAGUUUUGUUAAUGUUGGUGCAUCAAAAAUCAAAAUAGAUAAUAAAAGUUGUUAUAUAAAAUUA